AUGUUACAAUUGAACCCUGUAGACAACACACAUCACCUUCCAUCCUCACCAGCAAGAAGCAUUCAAAGAACUAUGGGAAUUCCUGACAAUAAAAAAUUGAUACCUCUUCAAGCCCUUGUCAUCAUGCUUGUCUGCUUUUAUUUGGAGUUUUGCACUUCCAUAGACACCAUUACAUCCACACAACCAAUCAAAGACGCUGAAACUAUAGUCUCAAUUGGAAAGAUCUUCAAGCUGGGAUUCUUUCGUCCCGGAAAUAGUACGAAUCGUUAUGUUGGAAUUUUAUACGACAUUCCUGUGGUGACCGCUGUAUGGGUUGCUAAUAGAGAACAGCCUCUAAAUGAUUCUUCUGGGAUUGUAAUGAUAUCGGAGGAUGGUAAUCUAGUAAUCCUGAAUGGAGAGAAGGAGAUCAUUUGGUCAUCAAAUGUUUCAAAUCCUGUCGCAAAUUCAAGUGCACAGCUUUUGGAUACUGGGAACCUUGUCUUGCGAGACAAUUUCAGUGGAAGGACCGUAUGGGAGAGUUUUCAAGAUCCUUCCGACUCAUUCUUACAGAGAAUGAGGAUUGGUUAUGAUGCAAAGACUGGUGAGAGAAAUCUGCUUACGUCAUGGAAAAGUCCUUCAAAUCCAUCGAUUGGAACCUUCUCCGCUGGCGUUGAUACUCUGAACAUCCCCCAGUUUUUUGUACGGAAUGGUAGUCAUCCAUAUUGGCGUAGUGGUCCUUGGAAUGGUCAGAUUUUUAUUGGAGUUCCAAGAAUGUAUACUUUUUAUCUCAAUGGAUUUAAUCUUGUAAACGAUAAAGAAGGAUCGGUGUAUCUUGCUUUUACUUAUGCAAAUGAGUCCACUGUAGUAUACUAUGCCUUGAAUUCUGAAGGAACUAUACUGGAGAAGUAUUGGGUUGCUGGGAAGGAAGAUUGGGAAGUAACAUGGUCGACGCUAGAAAAUGAGUGUGAUGUUUAUGGCAAGUGUGGGCAAUUUGGAAGCUGUAACUCACUAGAUUCACCAGUCUGCACCUGUUUGAGGGGAUUUGAGCCAAAGGACAAGGAGGAAUGGAGCAAAGGAAAUUGGACCAGUGGAUGCAUAAGAAAGACAUUGUUGCAAUGUGGAAACAAUACUGUCAAUGAAGAGGGCAAAGAAGAUGGAUUUUUAAAGCUCGAGACAAUGAAAGUGCCAGACUUCGCGGAAUGGUCACCUGCUCUAGAAGACAAUUGUAGAAGCCUUUGCCUGAGUAAUUGCUCCUGUAUGGCUUAUUCAUACUACUCUGGCAUUGGCUGUAUGCAAUGGAGUGGAAGCCUUAUUGACAUACAGAAAUUCCCCCAGGGUGGGGCGGAUCUUUACAUUCGAGUGCAAUACUCAGAGCUUGGAAGGAAGCAAAAGGUUUUGAGACCAUUAUUUGAGAAAGCAGAAGUAUAUCCAGAGUAUCCAACUGAAACCAGGCUUCAGGGGAGUGCCAAUCAAAUUAAACUCGAAGAGUUGCCAUUAUAUAGUUUUCAGAAAGUGGCAAAUGCAACAGAAAACUUUCAUUCUGAUAAUAAACUUGGGCAAGGUGGUUUUGGUCCAGUAUACAAG